CAACCUGAGUUGUUGCCACACUACCUAAACACUUCUCCUCGGACCGAGUCUGGGUAUAUGGAAUCCGAAGCGGUUGCCCCAACUGUGAACUAAUUGAAAUUGAUUUAUAACAUCAUCGCAACAUUGCUCUCUGUCGUCGUCUUUAACCUUUUCGACUCGGUUCGACUAGCCUCUCGUCUUUUGUUGUUUACCCCACAUUUCGGCCGGUCCAAAAGAACCAAACUCCAACCAAUCCAGCCCUGCUCCCUUCGACCCCACUCGAGCUUUGAAACCUUGAAGACACCGAAUCAAAAAUAUUGUACUGUCCAACAUAGAAGCAAGAUCCCAUCUGUGGAAGUAUUGUAAUUACACGCUCUACAUACACACCUACUUACAUCCAAUCAAAUAUUCAUCCACAUUCCAAGUCCCAACUCCACGAGUCCACCCCCACCCAAUCCAGGUCGGCAUACAUAAAACCGAAAGUGAAAAUCAAGAAGGGGACGAGACGAUUGUUUUAAGCUUAAAUACGUAUUGUUGCACUUCCGUCAAAGAAUCGGGCAAUCGUGAGAAGGAGGGUCUUGCGGUUCAGAAGAGUCGGUACAUACAUACAUAAAUACACCUUAACUCAAGAAAACAUCGCAUUAGCCGGCCAGCCGUUCCCCCCCCGCACCGCUUGUAGAUUUCCACUUCUUUCUUUUCGAGGUUGUGAACCAAGCUACCAGCCGAACAUUGGUCACUUUUGGAUAAUUUUAUUUGAUAUCCACAUCCAAUCCGUUCCAACUUUUUCGUCCUGCCUGCUAUACAAACACCGUCACCGCGAACUUCACAAUAUUGAUAAUUGCAUGCAACUAGAUACAACUAUUCCACGUCCAUCAUACGCUAAUCUACCCACAUGCACGCUGUGCGAUCGGCGAAAUAACAGGCGAAAAGCAGACCUCAUCCAAUUCAUUCCUGUCUCCAAAUAACCGUUUAUAGCCUCCUCCUGACCCCUUCCCCCCGCGCAACAACCAUCUUCCUUUGCCUUCCGGCUGGUCUCAAUUAUACAGCAUUUACCGCGCGGAUCGUCGCACAUCCAGUAGCUUGACCGACCCAUCUCUAUCUCCUCAACCUUCCUAUUCCCCCACAUACCAUACACGAAAAUACCCUGCCAAGACUUCUCAACAAUGUGGAAGCUUCCCACAUCUCGGAGGUUGUGGGCAUUCAUCCUUGUCCUCUCGAUCCUCGUCGUGAUUUUCUGGCAACACAUCUUUUUACUGGCGAGGAUUUUGUCGGUUUAUCCACUUUGGCCAAUUUACUCAUCGAGCCUCUCACUCAGUCUUGACAAGGACGGCUUGGAUACAACAUUUGAAAAGUAUCCGGUCGAACAAUGGAGUGUCAAAUGGCCCCCUCGAUCAGCCAACGGUAGUUGGCCCGCCCCUGAUUCAAGUCUAUUGCGGCUCAGUGACGGAAGUUUGGCAAGAUUACCCGAUGAAACAUACGGCGGUGGUGUCAGCUACUCAGAGCCCGAUGAAUCCGAUUUAGUACCCCCAAUCCUGCACCACAUUCUUCUGGGUAUGGACCGUCGGCGGAUGCCCAAAACAUGGACGGCCAGUCGGAACAGCUGUCUCGCGCUUCAUCCCGAAUCAGCUAAUUACACUCACCACUUUUGGGACGAUAAAUCUGCCGAGGAAUUCAUGCGAAAACAUUACUCAUUCUUCCUGCGCGACUUCCUUGAUUACCGGCACAACAUUCAACGGGCGGACGCGCUGAGAUAUUUCGUCUUGCACCAUUUUGGCGGGAUUUUCUUUGACAUGGAUCUCGAGUGUCGACGUUCCCUCGGGCCACUUCGAAGGUUUGCGGUCGUCAACAUCAAUGCUUCUCCAGUGGGCGUUUCAAACGGGUUCAUGAUGGCACAAGCUCAACACCCUUUCCUGGAACAACUUAUCAAGAAUCUCAAAUAUUACGAUCGUAGCUGGCUAGGGGUCCCCUAUUUUGAUAUUAUGCUAUCAACUGGACCCAUGUUUCUAUCAACAGAGCAUCUCCGUUUCCCUGCCUCUCAGCGUUCCACUCAACUACGGGUUCUCGGUGGACGGCAGCAUCGGCUACACGGAAGCGUCGUCACUCCGCUCUUCCGACACUUGGGUGCAUCUUCAUGGCACCAAGGCGACGCCAAGUUGUUCCUCAAAAUUCGGGCGUUGGUAUAUCAGCCGUUCUUCAGUUUGAUGUUGUUAUGUGGAUUCAUCGGUGGAAGUGUCGGUUGGCUUGUGUGGAAAAAACAAACCACCAAGCAGGGUGUCGAUCGAAGCUGGUCCCAAUCCUCAUCUUCAGCCGGUCGAUUGAUUCUAUGGAGAUUCGGUUUUGGAAGCAGAAGGGGACGUCGGAGGACGGCGGAAGAAUAUGAAAGAAUUGAAAUGGAUUUAGAAUCUCCGACAGGUAUGAUGAACAACAGACGACUAUCACCAAUUCUUGAAGACGACGAAGAUCUUGAAGCAAAAUCAAACUCUGACCUCGAACACAAGCAAUCAAUUCUAAACUUUGGACGCAAACGACCUGCGUACAACACUCUGAAAUCACCUACAACCCCGAGCGUGUUCAUGAGCGAAACCGAGAACCUGUGUCACAACGCAAGUAGUAGCGGCGGAAGUUGCCCGAGUACGAGUAGUGACUCAGACGACGACGGAUCUUCGGCAGAGGCCGUGGUAGUUCUUAUCGAUCGACAUCCUUCUAAAUGGAGAAGUUCAUAGACGAAAUCCACCCAAAACUCAAUUGUCUAGAUGUAAGAUUUUGCCGAUUAGAGAUGGACGCACCUUCACUCUUCUUGUCGAUCCUACCGGGUAGUUUUUGUUAUAUGCACAAUCACGUACAUAGCUUUUAAUGAUGUAUAUUUUGAUGUUAAAUAAAAUUUCUUGGCCGAACUCAUUCAGGAUGGUUUUGAAAAUUCCAGCUUAAAUGUAGUUUUAUCAUUGUCCCUUCUCGAAAAAUUUUGGCGAUUUUUUUUUCUUUAUUUUUCUGUUCUUUUCAUCAUUCUUGUCUAGUUAUCACCGAUUGAGUCUGCUUUCCCUUUUUUAUUAUUAUCAAGGAUCCUCAUUUUUAUGAAAUCUGUCAAUGGAAUAAUAAUUGUCCAAUGAAACUCAACAACGUCUUGAGAAUGUUUUGA